AAAGACGUUUAGAAAAUAUUUUUUUUAGACAUUCCUAACAGUACAAGAUAUCGAAUAAAUAUCGAUAUUUUACGAAUAUAGGUCUGAUAUGAUAUUGUACGAAUAUUCGUAUGAUAGCUAAAAUAUCCUAGAAUAUUCAUACAAUAAUUUGUGCUGUUAGGGAUGUGUUGUCUGUUUCGUAAAGUCUUUUUUUUUAUCAUGAUUUCGUCAUUGAAUCAUGGAUUUACGAUUCUAUCGGGAGAAGAACAGGAAUGCUCGCCUUGGCACAAAUGUGAAACCGAUUACGUGUUCAGCGACGUAGUUCACGCAUGCGCAUGCGGAAAGGCAGUCCGGAGAAAUUUGUCCUUCCCCGAAUCGCGAUAUGCCAGAGCGGGAGUAGCGGGACGGGAUUAGUCGUCGAUUGCGAUCAUUGCUGGUCUCGUGCUCAGCGAGUUCUUGACGAUUCAUCGAGAUCUGUCGAGAUCCACGUCGAGCCGUCGCAGUCGCGAGGGUCGAGAGAGAGGAACUGUCGCGCUGCAACGUGUCUCGCAAUUCGCAAAUUCAUCGCUCUCUACAGUGAAGAUAGAACCCUUCACGCGUUCGUGGACGAUUGUGCGAUUGCGCGGACGUGUACGUGCGCGGUCUCUCGGUUACGUUUAACCUCAUCCUCGACGACGUUCCGAGCAAAAACGUUCGUGGGAGCGAUUUGAUGCUCGACAUUGGUUAUGGCGCUGACGCGGGGGCUGCGACCGUUCUUCGUCCUGGGAACAAAUUAUGCAUGUAAGCUCAUGUCCAGUCAAGUGACUCUCGUGAGAGCCGUGUCUACCAUGCAACCACUCUCGAAGAAUAAAGAGGUCACUAUAACGUUUGUUAAAGCCAAUGGAGAAAAGAUAAAAGCAAAAGGGAAGAUCGGAAACAGUAUUUUAGAUAUUGUUAUGGACAAUGACCUCAACGAUGAAUUGGGUGGUUACGGAGCUUGCGAGGGAACCUUGACGUGCAGUACAUGUCAUUUAAUUUUUCCUAAAGAUAUAUACGACAGUCUUCCAGAGAAAGCUUCAGAGGAAGAGACUGAUAUGCUGGAUUUGGCGUUCGAGCGUGGUGACACCUCGAGAUUGGGAUGUCAGAUAACGAUGACUGAAGAACUAGAUGGUAUUGAGGUGAGAGUACCAGCUGGCAUUAACGAUGUAAGACAAACAUGAUAACUCGAUAAGGUUUUUAAUCGAUAAUUUUAGAGCAGCUCCAUAUUUAUAGUGCAAUUCAACCUAAUCUUUUCUGAAUAUAUACAGUCUUAAUCAAAAGUACUAAGCAUCUAUUUUUUAAGAUUUUUAAUUAGAGAGAAUUUAAACAAAAAUUAAAAAUAUGAAUUAUCCUUUGUGUCCAAAAAUUCUUAUGUAUAAUGCCGAUAAAGAAUACAAAUAAAAGAAUAUAGGAAAUACAGAUAAAAGAAUUUUAGAUAAUUAAAAAAAUAUAGGUGCCUAAUACUUUUGGCUGGUCUGUAAGUUAAUACAUUUAUGUACAUAAUAGCAAAAAAUUAUGUUCAAAAUUAAAAGCUCAGAUUCCGGGAACAAUGUUUUUUAUAUAUAAUUAUAUGUAAUUUUAUAUGAUUAUAUGUAUUAUAUAAUCAUGUAUAAUUAUAUAUAAAUGAUUGUAUAUUGUAUAAUUAUACAUAAUUAUAUAUCAAAUGUGUCCGUAUAUAUUGAAAUAUACAUAUAAUUAUAUACGUUUUAUGUAUGAUUAUAUAUAUAAUUGUAUAAUUAUAUAUGAAAAAUAUUUUUACGGAUUUAAACAUACAGAUUCUUUGUGCAAUACUAUUUUAAACAAUUGUAUAUAAUUACAUGCAUGAUGCAAAUAUAUAUGUAUACAGUGUUAACAAUAUUUCGUACAGAAAAAUGUAAAAAGAAUCAUACAUUUCAAAAUAUUAGAACAUAAAUGACAGAAGAAAAAUAAAUCUUUUUUAUAACUUUUUAAAAUAAACUUCUAUUCCCAUUUAAUAUAAUUAUAAUUUAGAGAUCGACUACAAAUUCAUUCCCGAGAACCAAACUCUUAUCAAGUUUUACUUGCAAAACAUUAUUGCUGGCGAGUUUACGUCAUUUUAAUUUUUGUCAUAUGGCAUAUAUUUAGUAAUCCGAAUAUGCACAGCAUAUUAAUCUAAUCACAAAGUAGGUCAUAAAAAGACAUAGUUUUGCAAUAAUUUAUCCAUUCUCAUGGCGAAGAAAAUCAAUAGCGAAGAAAAAUAUUCACUUUUAAAAAUUAGAAAUAUAUAUGUAUACUGAUAACUUUUAUACGUAAGAAACGUUAAUCUACUGUUAUAUAACGUUCAUGAAUAAAUUUAACAUUUUAAUUAUAAUGAAAUAUCGAGGAAAAAUAAAAUCGAAUAAGUAAUCAGAAAACUUGAAAUCACAUUUACAUUCUAAUUGAAAUAAUCUCCGUACGACUUCAUUCAGUACAUAUCCAGAAUAAUUUAUUUUCUUCCUUUUUAAUUAAUUACAUACCGAAUAUAUCUAUUGUUACAUAACUAUCAGUACAUAAAGC